GUCCAAACUUUUGUCAUUCUCUUUGUAUUGGUUAUACCUCGCGAGUGACGUUGGAGGGAAGAAAUGUGUGGCUCUGAUCAUUUAGCUAUUAUAAAUACAAGCACCCAACAGCUUUCAGCAGCGGCACAUACCAGUAGUCCAUGGCUAUUGAAAUUCCAAAGGUGAGCUUGAGCUCUGGCUCCGGACCCAUGCCCCUUGUAGGCAUGGGCACUGCUGUCUAUCCUCCAGUCGCACCUGAAAUCAUCAAAGCUGCCGUCUUUCAUGCCAUCGAGAUUGGUUACAGGCACUUCGACACGGCAUCUGCCUAUGGCUCGGAGCAGCCUCUCGGAGAAAUCAUAGCUGAAGCUCUACAAGUUGGGCUCAUCAAAUCCCGUGAUGAGCUCUUCAUCACCUCCAAGCUAUGGUGCAACGACAACCACCCUCAACUCGUCCAGCCGGCACUCAGGAAAUCUCUCGAGAACCUUCAAUUGGAGUAUCUCGAUCUCUUUCUUGUCCAUUGGCCUGUGAGCUUGAAGCCUGGUGACUUUAAAUACCCACCUGAGAAGGUUGAUCUCCUUCCUAUGGAUUUCAAGUCUACUUGGGAAGCCAUGGAAGAGUGUCAAAUGCUUGGUCUCACCAAAUCCAUCGGAGUCAGUAACUUCUCUUGCAAGAAGCUUGCUGAAUUGCUCUCAACGGCCAAGAUCCCUCCUGCAGUCAAUCAGGUGGAGAUGCACCCGUUGUGGCAGCAGAGGAAGCUGAGGGAGUUCUGCAAGAUGAACGGUAUCCAUAUGACUGCUUACUCUCCGUUGGGGGGGAAAGGAACUCUGUGGGGCGCCAAUGAUGUGAUGGACAGCCAAGUGCUGAAACAGAUUGCUGAGGCUAAAGGAAAGACUGUUGCUCAGGUUGCAUUGAGGUGGAUAUACGAGCAAGAGGUGAGCAUGGUGGUGAAGAGCUUCAACAAGGAGAGGUUGAAGGAGAACCUUCAGAUCUUUGGGUGGGGAUUGACGGAGAGCGAGGUCCACCUGAUCGAUCAGUUACCUCAGCGAAAAAUAGUCCAUGCGAAGCGAUUUAUCUCAGCUAGUGGGCCUUACAAGUCUUUGGAGGAGUUCUGGGAUGGGGAAAUCUGAUCCAAAAGGCUGGCUAAGAUCCGUUCCAUUGACUGGUCAGUUGUUCCAUGGGGCCCACCUGGGAAAAUGAUCUUGAUCAUCUAUUUUACAGAUGCUGAAGGGGAUGGGAAACUGUAUCAGUUGGACUAUCUUAUUGGUUUAGUUAACAGCCUUCAAACAUGAACAUGAGCCCAAAAAUAGGGAAGAUCCAAAUCUCAAGUGAACCAUACCACAGGAAACAGUGGUGAUUGAAUACCAACCAUUAAAAACUUCCUAAGGACCAAUGUACCGUUUAUUUGCCAUCCAACCUUGAUUAGGUCACACAGACCUGGAUGAAGGGAAAACACGAAUGUCAGCUUGAUCCAAAACUUUUGUGGCCCCUAAGAAAAUUUUAAUGGUGGAUGUUCAAUCACCAAUGUUUCCUGUGGUGCAGUCGACCUGAGAUUUGGAUCUGCCUCAUUUUUGGGUUCAUGCACUAUAAUGAUUGGCAAAAUGGAGGGAAAUUGUUAGUAGACUUACUUUUGUGUUGGAUCACAAGCAAUUUAGGAUUGUCACUGAAAAAUAGAUAG